AUGGGCCACGCUCUGCUGCUGGCGUCUGACGUCAAGGGCAACAUUUCCUCUUCAUCUUCCACCACCGCUGCCAAUGCGCGCAUGCUCACAACCCAAAGUCGACAGUCCGCGUAUCGCAUCGUGCCCGACUACGUGACGCGCAAUGCACCGUUAAUCUGGCUGCACUCGGAAGAUCCGUUCAGACCCUCCGACCUGCUCGAGCACAUUCAGCACACGACUCCCAGAAUUGACAGAGACAGGAUCCCGGAUCUGCCCCCCCUCGACCUGGACAGCCUCGAACUGCUCAACAAUGUGAGCAAUGGCACCUCCCGCGUCGCGCUGACCUCAAACGAUGAUGUGACGACCUGGCCGUCGUGGAUCUUGGGCCAGACACCGGAUCCCUCGGGAAGGAUCGCCAACGCGACAGCCUGCAUUGUGAUUCUCGUCGAGAAGAGCGCCCGUGAUCUUGACGCCUUCUACUUUUACUUCUACUCCUAUGAUCGCGGCCCGAACAUCACGCAGGUCAUGGAGCCGCUGAACCGGCUGAUCGAGGACGACGGCGGCGGGAUGCAUUUUGGCGACCAUGUGGGCGACUGGGAACACAACAUGGUUCGCUUCCAUGACGGGAAGCCCACGGGGAUCUACUACAGCCAGCAUGUGGACGGUUCCGCUUUCGACUGGAACGACAACGGACUGACGAUACAGGAUGAUCGGCCCCUUGUAUUCAGCGCAUAUGGAUCGCACGCAAACUACGAGUCUCCGGGCGAGCAUGUACACGACAGCGCCUUGAUAGACUACUGCGACGCAGGGCAGCUCUGGGAUCCCAUGCUCUCGGCCAACUUCUACCAGCUCGACCCGGACGCCUUCGCCCUCAGCCGUCUCGCCCUCGCCGACGCCGAUGACGCGUCAGAGGCCAAUCAGACCUCAUUCUUCUACUUCAAGGGCCGCUGGGGUGACAUCCAGUAUCCCGACACGGACCCGCGCCAAAAGACUGUGCCGCACUUUGGUCUGAAGCGCUUCGUCACGGGACCGCAGGGUCCGAUUGUGAAGCAGCUCGUGCGCAAGGACCUCUUCCCCGACAGACGGCACAAGAAGCCGUGGGUGCAGUGGGCCGUAGGCAUUUUCAUGUCCUGGUACCCGUGCUGUGUACGUGGGUGGAGGAUAUGGAUGUCCGCAACGGUGGUGGUGGUUGGCAUCCUCGUCAUGGCUCUUUGUGUGCGACUCGGCGUGAAGCGCCUCAGGCAAAAGCAGACUGGAUACAAGAGGAUCGACACGGAGAUACCGCUGAACGACAUGACCAUGGUAGACAGGCAAGGUAGAUAUAGAGAGGAGGAAUCUAUUGGAUGA